UUAUUUCAAUUGUUUUUAGAAAAGUAAAAAUGCGAAGUAUUUUUGAUUUAAGAGCCUUCAGUGCUCCUGUGGUCUUAAUAUUUGGGUUUAUCGGUGUACUGUACUUCACUAGUUCCUCUUCAAAUAUAUUACAACCAUCAAAUUCUGGCGUGGAGGGGCGUCUAGGGGAGGAUGGAGUAGUACGAGACUGCAGAACUUGGGAGCCUCGAGAUUAUACUCCGGCUACAGAUAAUCCUAAUAUAAAGAAGGCUGAGCUGACAGAUGCAGAAAAACACGAGAACAGACUAAAAUCUUGGGAGAACGAUUGGAAAAAUCAGAUUCCAGAAUCCCCUAAGAGUGGUUUUGGUAGUACUAUAGAAGUGACUAAAAACAUGAGAAAAUCUCUGGAAACUAUCACAAAUCAACUCAAAAAAGAUUUGGGGAAAGAAACCAUCAGAUUUCUUGAUUGUCCAAGUGGAGAUAUGACAUGGAUGCCAUUAUUUCUGAGAUCAAGAACAGAUGUUAUUUAUUCAGGGUACGAUUUAAUUCCUGCAAAUAUAGACAUGUCUAAAGCCAACUUUUCAAAAGAACCCUGGGUUUUCAAGCAAUUUGAUAUGAUGAAGGAUAGGAUAGAAGAUAGCUUUGAUCUAGUUCUCAAUAGACAUGUCUCAAUUCAUCUGGGUCUGCUAGAUAGUAUACAGAUGUUUUAUAACAUGAUGCAGAGCGGAUCUAAAUAUUUAAUUACGACGACAUUUCCUGAUGUUACUGUAAACGACCCCCUGAAAUAUUCAAACCAAGAAGUUUCUGGCAGGAGUUUCCAUCAGGUUAAUCUUCACUUGUAUCCAUUCCAUUUCCCGACACCAAUCUGUAUAAAUGAGGACGCACCAGCAGAAAACCAACAUCUUGCCUUGUGGAGGAUUUCUGAUCUGAAAGUUUUUUUCGAGGAGAACAAAGAUAAAUUUCGUCCAUUUCAAAAUUAAACAUUUUUUUAUGAAAAUGUAAAAAAUUAAAAUAAAAGGUUUUCAGUAUAA